GGAGGGUUCUUUGUCCUUGGAGGGAAUUUCGUUUGUUUCGGGGAAACAAUGAAGCAAUUAUAGUUGUCAUGAUAUCAACUUCUAAGGUGUAAAAAAUUCUUGCAUUUAAUUAUGUAAUCGACGCGCAUUGAAUGCUUAAGCCUUCCAAUGUUGUGCAUUUUGCAUGAAUCGUGCCCGCCGGACGAAACUUUAUGGUUUAUGUUGCUGCAAAAAUGUAAACAAUCCCUCCGUGAAAUUUUAAUAACCGAGAAUAGAUUCAUGUGUUAAACAAAUCUGACCAUGGAUCGGAAAAAGAAGAGCCUGGAAAGUCAACUGUGUGCAGCAGUGAACAAUGGAGAACCAAGAUCUGUGCAGCUACUUCUAUACCAGGGUGCAAUCCCUGACCUUGUGGGGAGUAAGGGGGUGGCCGCCAUACAUUUGGCUGUUGGAAAAGAAACUGAAAAGAACAUGCGAUGCUUAAAACUGCUCCUGCAACACGGUGCUGACCCAAAUGUUAAAUCAUCUGACGGCCUAACUCCUCUUCACGUCGCUGCAAUUUGGGGAUGCUAUCAAAAUCUGAAGUUGCUUUUGAAGAAUGGUGGGAACCCCACCGUAAAAGAUAACGAAGGAAAUACACCGAUGCGCCUUGCAGAACUAGAGGAAAAUGGAAGAUGUGCUCAGCUUUUAGAGGACUACCUGUCCAGUUAUGUGGGCACGGAAAAGGACGACCUGCCUCAAUUCAAAUACGCGGUUUAUUCCGACCACACAGACACAUCUGGCUAUCCUGAAUCUGGCUACAGCUUCACUUCUCAAUCGUCUCUAAUAAGCGAUCUUGGUGAAGCCCCUUUAAGCAGCACAAGACGGUCAUCAUUUUUUAACCGCUCAAACAUAAAUGGAAGGCCAGUUUGUAAAGCAAUAACCUAUAACAGACUUUUUGAUGGCGACGCUGAAAUGCAACAUCAUCCGAACUCCAGCACAUUCUCACACUGGGAAUCUGAAGGUGCCUCCCUUUUAUCAAGCACUCGGAUAUCUACAGUGGAACCCGCAAUACCAUUUCCAAAGGAGAAAGAUUGGUUUGCUGCUACUGAUGUGCUUUCGUCAGAGGGAGAUGGACAAAUUAGAGAUGGACAAAUUACUACUGCUAAACUCAACACGCCUCCCACAUUUCUGUCCAGGCGAGCGAACCGUAAAAGCGUCAGCUUCUGUGAUGUCGACGAAUAUUUUCCCGUUUUCAGCCCUCAAUCUCCGAUAAAAAUGACGGCUGUUGAUGGUACACCGGGUAAUGGCAGCACAUCUUUCAACCUUUCUGAGUAUUCUGGUUUCCUGGAUUCGGAACGUUUGGCUACACUUCUUCCGCAGCAAGGCAUAGAUGUCACCUCACCAGACCAUGUCAUUGUUUUCUGUCGGGAAAGUAGUGAAAGCACAAGUGAAGAGUUGGAGAAAACAGUCAUCAGUCACUGUAGUUCAGAAGAUGAUGAUAAGAAGGGCGAUGAGGGUGUAAAUGGUGCUUUAAGUGCUAAAGAAGAACAAACAGCAAAUCCAUGUGGGCCCAGGAGUAGCAGUGGAAGCAGCAGCAGUUAUAGUAGUUGUGAGAGUGACCAUUACACCAGUGCACUGGAUAUUGCCGUCCAACCUAACCAGCUAUCUCUAUCUGAACAAACUACCAAAUACCCCGAAAGAGAUGUCCCACAAGUUCAACAUGAACCUCAAGUUGAUAAACAUAGCUUGAUUGGGGAUAAUCAUGUAAUCACGAGUGUGGUUAAGGCUUGCAUCGAUCCUGCUGUACUUACUUCCAGCCAGGCGAACGACCCGUUGGAUGACAUUCAGUCAGAGGAUGCAUCUGGAAGCAAAGCACCAUUUACACCAAGUCCAUUUGUAACAGGCCGAACGCAGUCGAGGCAGAGUCGCUGCUCACUUAGAGAGAGCAGAACCCCCGAGAGCUUCUUUUCCACUUCUUGCCUAUUUGAGGAUAUUUUUCCUAAACCAGUGCGAACUCGGCGCACAACUCCCAGAUCGAAGGAAAACAACUAUAGUUCACCACGUACUCCAUGCUUCAUAUCGUCCAAUUCAGAGAAUAGCACAAGAUCCAACUCCUUGCCCAGAGGGGACUCAGACACUCAGUCCAGCACCAGAGCAGGUUCAUGUGCGAGCUUGAGCCAAGCUGAUACCCUCAGCCUUCCCCAAAACACCAAUGGCACAUUUGUCGAGUCACAGACUCUUUGUGACACUUUUCUCUUAGAAAACAAUCAUGAAUCAUCAGUGGAUUGCUAUGAGAGAAAUCUCGCAGAGGUUGUCCAGGCCCUUCAAGAAGGAGAGGUUGGGCUUGUCGAAGGUAGGGAUUUUUUGACAGAUGAUGUGACAAGUCCAGAUGAGGCAACAAAUACAGCAAAUGAUAUUUCUGAAGUACCUUGGCGACAACAGGAGGAUGUCUGGUUCACGGAGGACACUAGCUGUCAUGCAGGAUCUGUCUCGUCAUCAUCCAGCUCUAGCUAUUUUUCUCCAAGGAAGUCAAGAGAAAACGCAGAGCUUCCAUGUACUCCAGGAACCGGAUGCACUCCCAAAUACAACAUGAGUCUGCUCUCAAUUCACCGCAGGUCACAGCACCUGGCCAACCUGUCUUACACUCCCGGGGGACGUCCACACAUUGAAAACGCAGAUGAACCAGUGGAGUACCUUUACACUGAUACGGAGCAGGGCCACAAACUGAUUGAGGCCCACAUUCCACCUACGGCUAAUACCUCACGCAGCUCCAACUUGAGUACCACUAGCAGUGAAGAGACCAUCCUCUAUGACUGGCGCUCCAUGCAGACAAAUUUACAAGACUGCAAAGAAAACCAGAAUCCACCAGAAAGCCCCAAUGACAAGAAGGCCAACAAGGUUUCGAGUAGAUUGGUCGAAGGACUGACGGAUAAGGAGCUCAGACGGAGGCUCAUCGAGAUGGGGGUGAGUCCGGGCCCCAUAAGUCGUCGAACCAGGCCAGUCUACGUUCAAAGGCUUUGCCGACUGUUGCAGGAGUCGAACUCUAAACCAUCACAGCAACAAGAUCAAGAAGAACGGCCACAAACAGCACAUUUAGGUUAUAGCGCAGAACUUAAUUUAGCCCUGCGGACUUUCAAGAUGCCUGACUGUCAUGAUAACGAACAAGCCUUGUGCCAACAAUUUGAUCAACCAGAUCAGAACAGAAAGUGGAGAGAGGGCAAUAUCAAGUCCAGCUUUAACUACCUGCUGCUUGACCCAAGAGUCACACAAAAUCUUCCAUUCCGGAGUCACGGCAUGACCCUACAGGAUUGUUUUCAAACAUUUGUCAAUGCCAUAUUUUAUGUCGGCAAAGGAAAACGUUCGCGCCCCUACAGUCAUCUCUAUGAGGCCUUGGACUACUACAAAGGCGAUAAGACCUCAAAGAAACUGUGCCCCAAAGUCCAGCAAAUACUUCAAAUAUGGAACGCCAAGCAGGGGGUCAUCUCACUGCAUUGUUUCCAGAACGUCAUUCCAGUGGAGGCCUACACAAGAGAGGCCUGCAUGGUAGAGGCCAUGGGGUUGAAGAUGCUCACAAAUCUGAAGCGCGGCGAUUUUUACGGUGUGGUUUCAAAUUGGCAGCUGAAGAAAAAGCGUGAGCUGGGUGUCCACCUGCUUUACAGGGCCCUGCAGAUAUUUCUGGCAGAAGGUGAGCGACAGCUCAGGCCAGCAGAUAUAAGACAGUAAAAAAUGAACAGAAACAAUGUUUCAUUGGCUUUAAUCCUGGAAUUACUUUCUUAUUGAUUAUACGAGGAGACCAACCCCCGAUAUCUCCCCUGAUGUAUAUAGUCCAUUGGUGAAGUUUCUUAUAACUGGGGAUGUAGCCGUGUUCCGAAUUAACGAAUCAUGAUUGAAUUCCUGUUAAAUGGGCAUCAGACCACACAAGAGGGUUUGCAUACACACUUUUGCAACGACAUUGUCUCAGUUAUUUAUUCUUACUCUCACUCUGAAAAAUAGUGUAUUUCUUUUCACUUGAGUUAUACUGUAUAUAGACUUAGAUCCUAUUAAUGAUGGAAAAAUUUUAGCACGGUCAUAUUUUGUUUUAUAUCACAAAAAACAAAACAAAAAAAACACAAGGGUGUGUAGGAUUUAAAAUCACCGUUUUGUCAAACUUGAGUCCCAAUGGGAUUCUAUUAUUCCUAGGUAAGGUGUUAAUAAUAAUGCUCGCUUCUUUCUUUGUUCAUACUGAAGUAGUAAUAGGGUUGGGACAAAAUGUCUUUUUCCUCAUCAUGUUAAAUAAAUUUGUUGUAGAAGUAUCAAUUCUGUUAAAUUUGCUGAAAAUUACUAAGGUAAUGUUUUUAUGACAUUAAGCUGUGUGUAAAUAUGUUUUUUUAAUAACAGUGAUUUUACUUUCUUUCUUUCUUUGAAACAUCAUUUGGAAAUUUAAUUCCUAACUAGUCAUUCCAUGCAGAAUGUAUUCUCAAGUCCUCUUAAAUAUUUUGAAAUGUUAGCCAUAGCACUCAAUAUUCAGAUGAUUGUUAAAAAUAAAUGGACAUUUCUGCUUUUGAA